ACACACAGAGGGAGAGUGAUUGUCGCGGCAGGGGGCGCAACAGAGGUAGUUUUCUAUCUACCGUGUCUGUUUCCAGGUUCCUGUCAGUCUGUGUCUUCGUGCGUAAAGCAAGAACCGCGGGGAUCACCAUGAUGAUCCGGGUCCGGAGUAUUUACCGCGCUAUGAUUUGAGUCACAACUCUGGAUACGGAUUUACUGACUUACAUGGCGCAGCACAAAGUCUCCGGAGGGAAAAAUCUGCAUUUCUACCUGGAUUAAUGUUUCUUCAAUGAGGAGACAGGUCUGCGCUCGGAAAUGGAUAUGUAAGCGCUGCAGUGUAGGACACUCUCCUUUGAAAAGACAGUGAAGUUGCAAAUACUUCACAAGAACUCUCACACAAGUGACCUGCAGGAUCUCUUCACUUCACUUUGUGUUGAAAGUGUCAGGACCAUUCAGGUGUUCAUCGAUGUAAACGUCUCUGUUUGCUUGUAAGUGUCCACCCUUAAGAACCCAGGAGCUAUGCAGGGAGCCUAUGUCUGGAUAUUCAGUAUUUCUCUUCUUCUGCUGUUACUCCAACCAGACCCCCUGCACUGCCAACACGCAACAGACCACAGGAUAGAGGUUCCUCAAAGUACAGAGACCCAACAGGAGUCCAGGGCCGAGCAUGGAGAUAUCCGGGGCUCAUGGGGUGCCUGGGGUCCCUGGUCAGCAUGCUCUCGGACCUGUGGUAGAGGGGUUCAGGAGCAGAACAGGCCCUGUCUACCUGUUUACACUCCUUCCAGGAGAACUGGUGUUCCCUUUCAACAGCAAGGACAUGUUAUCUCAGCCUUGCGGCCAACAGUUCCUUUGCAUCGUGACGCAGACAGGUUCUUUAACAGCAGUGGCCGAGGAGAGGCGAGGGGGAGGACGCAGACCCGGCCUGGUGGACGCAGGAGGGUCUCCGACAUCGUCCCUGGGAGGUAUGGCUACGGCAGGGCUCCUUAUGUUGCUCCAUUGCAGACAGAUGCAGGCCAGAGCUCUGGGUCACCUCAUCCCCACAGACAGAAACGUUCUCCUGCGCACGAUGGCCACCACCACACUUCCAGAGGCUAUAAUGGGCAGAGGUCAAACAAUCUUGACCCAUCCAACAACUUCCAUUCUUACGGAAGGCCCCACUUGCAGCCAAGGGCGAGGCAGCCCAAUAAUAACCAAGUCUGGGCCCCCCUCUACCAGCCUGGUUCAGACAACCAGGGUCAGAUCCAGCCUGAGCGACAACCAGACAGUCAGACGUCUGGACCCCAGCAGAACCAGGCGAGACCCUACGAUCCUCUGCCCGCAUCCUUCUGCUCAGGGGAGAACGCUCACUACCAGAUCUGCAACAGUAAUGCCUGUUCUCUGUCCAGCAAUCACAUCAGAGCUGUUCAGUGUUCUUCAUACAACAACCAGCCUUUCAUGGGCAGACUGUACGAGUGGGAACCUUUCAACGAGGUUCCAGGGGAUCAGCAUUGUGAACUGAACUGCCGGGCCAUAGGGUUCAGGUUCUACGUACAACAGUCAGCAAGGGUGAUCGAUGGGACGCCAUGUGGGAAGAACGACUCGUCUCUCUGUGCGGCAGGAAAGUGUAUGAGUCUAGGCUGUGAUGAGUAUCUGGGAUCAGGAAAGGUGAUGGACAAAUGUGGCGUGUGUGGAGGUGACAACACAACCUGCAGACUGGUCUCUGGUCUGUUUAAACACAGUUUGACCAAGAUUGGCUACCACAAGAUAGUAGAGAUCCCAGAGGGAGCCACCAAGAUCAACGUCACAGAAAUGCUGAAGAGCAGGAACUACUUAGCUCUGCGAAGCCGAUCAGGGCGGUCCAUUAUUAAUGGAAACUGGGCUAUUGACCGACCAGGGAUGUAUGAAGGAGGGGGGACCAUGUUCACCUACCGAAGACCAAAUGAAAUCCGGAGCACAGCUGGGGAGUCCUUUCUUGCUGAAGGGCCCACCAAUGAGAUCUUGGAUGUUUAUAUGAUCUUCCAGCAGCCGAACCCUGGAGUUCACUAUGAAUACAUUCUCCCCUCUGAGACACCAGCCGGCCCUCAGCAACCAAACCACAGACAUGAAGGGAACACUGUGAAUGGACAAGGUGGAUAUGACCACCACUACAACACUCACCAGGAUAACUUAACACCAGCAGGUGGGGGGAGGUUUCCUCCUCGUCUCCCUGACAACCAGGUUCCCUUUGUACAGCCACCCAGACGUGCAAGAGAGUACAACUGGAAACUGGCUGGAAAUACAGAGUGCAGCGCCUCCUGUGGUAAAGGAUUCAGAUACUCCGUCUUUCACUGUGUGUCCCGGCUGAACCAAGCCCAGGUGUCAGAUGCUCUGUGUGACAGCAGCAGUAAGCCAACUCCACAGGAAGAGGCCUGCAACCUGCAGCCCUGCCCCGCAUUCUGGGAUAUUGGAGAGUGGUCAGAGUGCAGUAAAACCUGCGGCCUAGGGAUGCAGCACCGGCAGGUCCUCUGUCGCCAAAUUUAUGCCAACCGCACCCUCAACGUCCACACAAGCCACUGUCGACACCUAGAGCGACCUGAAAUCACCAGUACAUGCCAGCUGAAGAUCUGCAGUGAAUGGCAGAUCCGCUCCGAUUGGACCGCUUGCUCUGUGCCAUGUGGGCUGGGUCAGAGGUCACGAGAGGUUCGCUGUGUCAGCAACGUGGGCGACUUUGUUCCUGACGAGGAGUGCAACAUGAAUCUUCGGCCGCACGAUGUAGAGAACUGUGACAUGGGAACCUGUGCCAAAAGCUGGUUCCAUACUGAAUGGAGUAACAGGUGCUCAGCUGAAUGUGGGAUGGGUGUACGGACCCGGGGAAUCCUCUGCCUGACCAACCACAUCAGCAGCCUUCCUCUGGAGGGUUGUGGCAAUGAGCGUCCCGCCGACUCUCAGGUCUGCAACAACGGCCCCUGUGAGAACCGCAUUGAGUGGUUCACAGGCCCCUGGAGCCAGUGCUCUGCAGAGUGUGGUGCAGGCAGCCAGCAGAGGUCGGUGGUAUGCUUGGUGAAGUCUGAUGAAGGAUUCAACAUCAUGCCACCAUAUGAGUGCUCCUCUUUGGAUCGCCCCCUCAGCCAGCAAAGCUGCAAUCUGAAAGCCUGUGGGGCAAAGUGGUAUCACACUGACUGGAGUGCUUGUUCCAAAACAUGUGAGAGAGGUUUCCGUGUGCGGGAGGUACGCUGCCUGUCUGAUGACAUGCUGUCCACUGAGGGCUGUGACGAGAGGCUGAGACCGGCAGAGAAGGAGGACUGCAACCCAGAGCCCUGCAUACCUAGCAUAGAUGAGAACUGCAGAGACAAAUACUUUAACUGCAAUGUAGUGGUUCAGGCCCGCCUCUGUGUGUACGAUUACUACAAGAUGACAUGCUGUGCCUCAUGUUCACGAGUGGCCCACAGACAGCCCAUCACCCGGGGCCGCAGCUAGCACCCAAAGCUACAUGUUGGGAUGGACUCAAUACCUGCUGCAGGCAGUCUUCCUCCCACGACCUGCAGGGAGUGUGGAUCAGCAGGACCUUGGCAUUAACGGACACUUGCUGUGAUUGCUGAGGACAGAAAAUGAAGAAGAGACAAUUCUGUUGAUUCUUUUGGAGACAGCUUGUGAACAAGGAAUCCUCUCACUUGAUAAAACAGAGUGCUGGUUUGGUGAGAGAUAUCAGAAGCAAACUGUCAAACCUACAGAAAACUGGAUUUGAAUCACAACAUUUGAUAUAAAGAAUCCAUCUUGAUUUCAUGAAGGGCAGUUUGCAGCCGUCUACAGCCAGUUUUGGCACUUGUGGAUUACACAAGAUGAAGAGGAGAGCACCUAAAAACUUUUUAAGGAGGACUAUAGAAAACAAAUGAUCCAUCAUGGCUCUUUCCACUCUGAUGCUCAGAUAUUUGGAAAUAUUUCAUAAGAUAUCUCACUUAUAAUCAACCACUAAUCCUUUUUUGACCAAAGAUAUGUAAGCCCUACAAGCUGAGGACAGUGGCAAAUCAAAAAAUUUAAGGAGCAAACAUUGUGCAUCAAAUCAUAGAUGGUGCAUUCUUAACACAGCAUGGAAUCUCAAGAAAAAAUCAAUUUGUAGAGCCACAGAUUAUGUUUCUCUGAUGACAGAAACAAACCACAGGUUUUCAUCAUGCACAGCCACAAGGUGUAUUUGCAGCCCAUGUAAAAUGUAUGCAUGUAUGUAUGUAUGACCGAGUGAAUGACAAAUAUCUUUCUUGAUGGUUUUCAGACAGUCCUUCCAGUAACUGAGGAGAAAAAAAAGCCCUCUUUAUUUAUUUAUGUGGCUCCCUAGGGAGGACGCUGGUUUAUCGGCCACCGGUGGCCCCUGUCUGUCUGGCUGUGGGGAUAAAACCUUCGCUGUGUCUCCACCAAUCACAGCCUCUGGACUGACUGUAGGCAUUCCUCAGUGUACUGGAUGGUAGAAGCAGAUGGUGAACAACACUAACAUAUUUUUAGGGACAUGAAACAAACUGCAUGUAUAGUAUUUUCUGUGGGAGGUGAUCAUUCCACAGCUGUACAACUCCUGAUAAACCACCAAUCAUGAACCAUUGAAUUAUUCAUAUUGGUAAUAUCAUAUUGUAAAGAUAAAUCAUGUCAGUAUUUGUUGAUUAUUUAUCCGGUACGGUUUAUAUAAGGACUUGUUAUAGUAAAUCGGAAGCAGCCUUUUUCAACAUGUAAUCGUUCAUUUUUAUACAAAACCUACACACUGUACCUCUCAAGUGUUCCAUUAUUUUGUAUAACAUGUUAUCAGUUCCCUCCACGCACAAUAAACUUACCUCUGACUUGUAAGUACU